AUGGCCAGAGUUUUUGCCAAACAUGGUGACGAUGUGGAUGUUACCAUCAUCGUCACCAAAGCCAACGCUGCAGUCAUCAACAAGAACAUCGACGGCGACUUUAACGCCGGCCGCCACCACAACAUCAGAACCCAUGUCCUUCCAUUCCCAUCGGCUGAAGUGGGCCUUCCUGAAGGCAUCGAAAGCUUUAGCUCCGAGAAUAGCGAUGAAACAAAUGCCGCAAUCCAUCAAGCCCAGCUGUUGCUGCGAAAACCUAUGGAGCAAGUGUUUUACGACAUGCGACCCGACUGUAUCGUGGCCGAUUUGUUCUAUCCAUGGACUCUGGAGGUGGCCAAUCAGCUUGGGAUUCCUAGGCUAGCCUUUCGAGGUGGUAGCUACUUUUCUCUCUGCGCCGAGCAUAGUGUUCGACUCCAUUACAAUUCUUCUUCAUCUAAUUCCCAUGACAAUGAUGAUGUCGUUUCAUUGCUUGGGCUGCCGCAUAAGAUUGAGAUGUUGACAUCCCAGCUACCAGAGUGGAGUAAAACGACAACGAGUUUCACAGCUAUAAUGGACAGAUUGAGAGAGACAGAGGAAAAAAGUUAUGGGAUCCUCAUGAACAGCUUUCAUGAGCUGGAGAGCGCUUACGAGGAGCAUUACAAGACCACCAUGGGGCUCAAGGCAUGGAGCAUCGGACCGGUUUGUUUUUGGGCGAACCGGGAUUCUUCCCACAAAGCCCACCACAGGUUUAAAUCAGUUGCCGAUGGCGAUGAUAAUGAUCAUCAUCAUCAUGAGCUGAUGGAUUGGCUUAAUUCUAAACAGAAAAACUCUGUGGUAUAUGUCAGUUUUGGAAGUGGAACCAAGUUGUCAGCGGCUCAGAUUAAGGAACUGGCUCAUGGCCUUGAAACUUCUGGUCAUCCAUUCAUUUGGGUGGUGAGGAAGGAAGCAGAGCAAGCGUUGACUCCGGAGGGAUUUGAAGAGAGGAUAAGAACAGAAAGCAACAACAGGGGACUAAUAAUAAAAGGUUGGGCCCCACAGCUGCUCAUCUUGGACCAUCCUGCAACUGGAGGAAUGGUGACGCAUUGCGGUUGGAAUUCCAUACUUGAAGGCGUAAAUGCGGGGCUGCCUAUGAUCACUUGGCCUGUUUUUGCAGAGCAAUUCUACAAUGAGAAGCUUGUCAAGGACGUUCUGAGAAUUGGGAUUGGUGUGGGAGUCAAACAAUGGAAUGACUUGGGGAAAGUGCCUAAGGAAGUGGUGAAGAGUGAGGACAUUUCCAAGGCUGUGAGGUUUUUGAUGGCUACUCAUGAUGAAUAUGAUGGAGAACGAGCUGGAAAUAAUAAUAAAGAGAUGAGGAUGAGAGUGAGUAAGCUUCAAAAUCAGGCUAAGAUGGCUCUGGAGAUUGGGGGAUCGUCUCAUGCCAACCUCAUGGCUCUCAUCCAUGAUCUCAACUCCUUGAAGAGCAUGAGGAAUUAA